GAGAUCGCGUGGCGCAGGUGUGUGUUCGCAGGGUUCGCAGUGUAGCUGUGCACCGCUGUGCACCGUCACCGCGCGCCCAACAGGGAUAGGUAGCGUAUCUUUUCACGGGCGUAAGUGCGAGAAGGAGGUGGCGAGAGCGGACCGGACCAGAGGGAGCGAGAAAGCGGAAAGAUUCCGAGAAAGGGCGAGCGAGGUGGGUGGUGUGAGAGCGACCUCGCCGCGCCGUUAACAUUCGCGCCCACGCAUACAGACACAUCGCGCAGCCCGAAGCGGAGCGCUCUCGGGGCGAGGAACCUUGCACGAGCCACCCCGAGGAGUUACUCGAACCUUGGUGGCGCACCAGAUACCAACAGGCGAGCGAGCGACCAGGUGAUUCUCGCGAGGGUGACGGAUACGUCCACCGUCCACCAGAUUCGCGUUCGCGAGGAGGAACCAGGGAUUCUUCGGGGUGAAGAGAAGAAGUCCACCCCCUAGCGAGAGGUGAAAGAAGGAGAGGAAGCCCUCGACUCGUCGCAGAAGCGGAAAGAAGAAGAAGAAGAAGAAGGAGCGCCUGCCUGCAACUCGCAUCCGCUCGAAGCGAGGAUGGUACGGAGAUUCUGCAACGGUGCGGUUGCACUUGGCAUCGCCCUGACGGCCUGCGCCGCUUUUCCGCGCGCCGUCAUGGCGAUCGACCUCAGCCGCUUCUACGGUCACUUCAACACGAAACGCUCGGAGGCUUGUCAUCCGUACGAACCGUUCAAGUGCCCGGGCGACGGUAUUUGCAUCUCGAUACAGUACCUCUGCGAUGGAGCACCCGAUUGUCAGGACGGAUACGAUGAGGACUCAAGAUUGUGCACCGCAGCCAAACGACCGCCCGUGGAGGAAACCGCGAGUUUUCUGCAGUCUCUGCUGGCCAGCCACGGUCCCAAUUACCUGGAGAAACUGUUCGGAACCAAAGCACGCGAUACGCUGAAGCCUCUCGGUGGUGUGGAAAAGGUGGCCAUCGCGUUGUCCGAGUCGCAGACGAUCGAGGACUUCGGCGCGGCGCUACACCUGAUGCGCUCAGACCUCGAGCACCUGCGCUCGGUCUUCAUGGCGGUGGAGAAUGGCGACCUGGGUAUGCUGAAGUCCAUCGGUAUCAAGGACUCCGAGCUGGGCGACGUCAAGUUCUUCCUCGAGAAACUCGUUAAGACGGGCUUCCUCGAUUGAACGGUCACAUCCGCCGCCGAACCGCCGCCGUCGUCAUCGACGAGGAGCCGCCGUCGUCGUCGCCGCAUCGCCGCCGGUGUCACGUCACCGUCGUCGCACCAGCAGUCCCUUCGUCUGAUGAAGCCUAAAUUAUCCUCUCCGCGAACACUUUUAUCUUUCCUUCGUCGCGAGUUCUUACACGCAGGAUGUAGCCUGUCACUUUUCUUUUCCUUCCUAUCCUUCUCGAAUCUUUUGCUCUCGCUUCAACGCGACGAGCGCGAUCACGAGCACCGGGAUGAUCGUCGAGAUCUGGCGUUAGGAAGCGAAUGUCCGAAUUUUCUGCAUGACGAGUGAUCAGGCAGGUUUCCGUUUCACAUAUCUCGUAAGCUCUAUCACGUUUGGAUUAUUUCAUCACGCGCGUCAAGCGUAUCGCUGAUCCACUUAGAGAAAAACGCAAUAAUCAGGACUGAUAAUUAAUGUGCCACGCAUACUCUCGGACCAGUUUUAAUUACGUCGCGAUUUGAAUUCGCAUAUAUAUCAUUAGGAAAAGCAUAAUCGAGGGAUUGAAAAACGUAUUAGGUUCUCUGUACGAUCUGUAAUUUAAUAUUCCCUCUUUAACUUCUCAAACUGAAACGUCUUAUGACGAAUAACGUGUUACUUACAAUUAGCCUACUUUACUUCCUCUAAGCUUUAGUGAUCCUGGAUAACAUUAUCGGAUUUGAAUGUAAAUGUUUUGCUACGCUUUGACAGAAUCUCUUACGUCUCUCGUUUCCCUUAGCUGCGCGUCGAGGCGCAAGCCUUUCUCGUGUGAACAAGUAAUGAGCUUUUAUCCGACCUAUCUCUAAAAUAUUGAGCUUCCUCAUGUAUCUUGUAACUACUUCGCUACAGAGUACUCUCACUCUCGUGUGCACGUGCACGCUGCUUCGCGUGUCCCGGUUUUAUUCGAGCCGUGUCUUUAAUAUGCGAGCACGUACACGGUAGGUAUCAUCUCGCAUAAGUGAUGAGACAUCGAUGACAAUCCUUCGCGAUCGGCAGUGGCGUAACAAUCCGACGGUUGUGCAUUAAAACUUUGAAACUUAGCGUUGAAACUUUUACUUAAAGUACGCGAGUUAUUUUCGCGAAGACUUAUUUUAUGAUUAACGCUUGAAAUGUUCCUUUUUAUGAGAUUGUAAUUCAGGUAAAAUGUCUACGUGAUAAAUUAAAAUUCUUAAACUUAGUCAAAGGGAUUCUCUCGGCGAGAUUGCUACCUUCAAGCUUCAAACAUGAAAAACUUCACGAGAUAAAAUUCUCAGGAAGUAAUUACGUUCGAGCACGGCAGGAUGAUUUUUAAUCAGAAUCGCGAUACUUCGGAAAGGUCGUGCGGAAGAAGCCGAUAAUGUUAAUACAAUGCCAUAAAAAAAAUUGGCUCCCUCAGGAACAACUUUAUGUUAAUUGCGGAUGCACAACUAUUGAAUCUAGAUGUGCUCCGGUUGGUUUAGGGACGAGGGAUUCUAGGUAUCCUUAAUUACUUCUGCAUAUUUGUAAAAGGAUCGUGUAAAGGGAUAACGAUUGUUCUCGAUUACUCCCCUGGGGCAUCCUUUUAAAUCGUACUUUCCGACGGCGCUGUGCAAUUUCCGUUGCGAUUACAGAAUAAUAUUGUGGAUCAGUGAGAGAUUUUAUUCACGACAGCUUUUAUUCGGACAGGCGAUUACUGCUGAAACAAUAUAUUGAUUUAAACCAACGUUUUUUUGCGCGUGCGUAUUUUUUUUAUUUUUUUUUUAUUUUAACUUCGUCUCGCGUUAAAUUUCGCGAGACCGCGGCGAACAAAAAAAAAAAUAAAUAGGAAAGAAGAUGAAAGUAGCAAAUCCCGUGCCGAGGAAGUUCUCGGUUUAUUCGGUAUUUUCACCGCAUCUAAUUGAACCAAAUUGUAAUUCUUGUCUUGAUUAAGGUGGUAUCCCUAUGGAGGCGGACGUAAGACAAGAUAAAGCAGCUUUGUUUAAUUAACUUUGCAAAACGAUGCGGUGGGAAUACCGAUCCUUCUUCAAGUUAAGAGGAUCAGGUGCUUUUGAUUUCUCUCAGUGCAGCCGUAAACGUCACGCAAUCGUAACACACAAUGCGGCGAUGUUGAAAUGGGUACAAAAGAGUAAUAGGGAGAAAAGGAAGAGGAAGAAAUGGAGCAUCGCGUCGCGUUCUUUCAGGGUAUGACGCGCAUUUUACUUAUUAGGAGAAAGAGAGCAAGAUAUAUAUAUAUAAUGCUAGCGUAUGAUAUUUUCAUUACGGCAACACGAUACAUAUCAGUACACAUACAUAUCAGUAAAUUAUAUUUAAAAAAUUAUAUAGAUAUAUUAUAUACAUAUAUAUGUAUAUAUAGAAAGAUAUAUAUAUAUAUAUGAUGAAGAAAGUAACGGGGUUCAUCGGAUUCUCUCGAGGUAGCGUUUCCCGUCGCGCUUUCCUUUUAAGUACUUCGAAGAGAGAAAAAUUAACGCGUUAUUAAUUUCUAUAUAUACACACAUAUAUACACAUGCACAUAUAUAUAAUAUGUAUAAAUUGUGCAAUUCGCGACAAUCGAGAAAUCGCGGACGGGCGCGAGUCUGACGAGAUCCCCUCUUUUUUUUUACCUCGAGAGAAUACAUCCCCCCUCGCGGGAUGAGUAACGACGUAACAUAUCAUACUUACUAAGCGUAUCUUUUAAUCGAUACAAACGAUACAUUGAGACAUAUCUUCUAAUUAAUGUAACUUAAGCGAGUUUAGAAGUAUAUAAAUAUUAUACAUAUAUAUAUACAUAGCGGAUACAUAUCAACAGAGAAAUCACUCUUUUAUCAGAUGGUAGAUAAUAUUUUGGUAUAUAAAAAUGAAAAAAAAAAGUUUAAUAUUCCCUCCAGAUGUCAAUUACGGUCCAAAGUAGGGCCUGGACCGAGGGCAAAAUCCGAGGGAACUUGUGUGUUUUAGCGAACAACCGAACGGGGCAUCAGACCGAGGGGUCAUGGCGCGCCGCGACACCCCUUUCUCUCUUUCUCUCUCCCCCGCCCCCAUCUCCGCAUCUCCGCCGCGUGCCUUGACCCUUUGGCCCCAAUAUUUCGAGUCGUAAGUCAUAAAGGUCAAAUCUAUCUCCCCCGAGAGCGGCAGACCGGAGUUCCACCAAUAUCUGAUAUACAUAUAUAUGCCACGUUUCGGAGGCGCGUUACCCAUCGUCUUGGAAUGAUGAGAGAUUAUAUUUUCCUCUCUUCCUCCCUUCCACUCCUCUCCCCCCCCCCCGAGUUUUAUUAUUAUAAUUUACACGUGUUGCAGAUAUUUCGAAAAAUGGACGAAGCUGGUUUGUCAAUUUGGUAUUCUCUCACAGACUGUCUUAUUGUAAACGUUAAAUUAAGUUCAAAAAUGCAUUUAUUUUUAUUCCUAUUGGACUUUCUGUAGACCUGUCGAUCUUGAUUGACUGAUCCUGAUUUAAAAUUUCAGACACAGCGACACAGUUGGUUUCGGGAAAAUUGUCGAUCCGUCCACAGCGUUUCGGUAAUGAAUAAUGCGGUUGAUCGGGGUUUCUACCGUGCCCUUUGGCAUUAUUAUCCCAAUGAUAACGAGGCGCUGAAUGUAAAUGGACGGGCUGAAAGUGACGUAUCGCAAAAAGGAAGGCUACGACACGUUGUAUUUCCUGCAUACGGGAAUUAAUCGCUUUCGAAAUUGCGUAACGUGGUGAAACGGGAUUGCGAUAAAAACAGUCUACGUUAAAUGAUAAAGCGGCAAUGUUCCCGCACGCGCGUCUUUUUACCCGCACCAACAAAUUUAGCAGCUCGCUAAAUUCGUUCCGCGUUACAUUCGAAUCCAAUUUCCGACAGACCCUUUGUACCGCCGCGAAAUGUAUUGAAAGGUUCCGAGGAAAAAUACAAAUAACGUCAAGCACAGAGUUUACGAAGCAUUCUUUCCCGUAAAUUCAACCACGCGCGGUGGCUGACGGUUGCGACGGCUCUUGUGAAAAUAUUUCACUCCGGCUAUUAUGCGCGCGAGACAGCACGGUCAAUUAAUUAACUAACGAGAAGAUGCUUUUUCUUUUAUAUACGUUCACAUACACGUCGCACGCGUUGUUUCGUUGCUCUCGUUGCCCAUUUACAUUGCUGCGUUCCACCGCCGUUGUAAUAUGCGUACGUAGCUAAGUAGACGUUAAGUUAAUCAAUAAAUCGAAGUGAUUAUAUAGGAGACGCAUGUAAUCUUCAACCUUGUCAUUUCAAACCGAUGGCACGCAUAUAUAUAUAUGCAUAUAUACGCGACCUAUAUGUAUAAAAAGAAAAAAAAACAGAGAACCUAUUGACCAUUUUAAUUAUUCAGAGAUUUCAACGAUGUGAUAAUGUACUAAAAUGUCACGCACCAUGUCGUAUUAUCUGUAUAUGUUACCUUUCGACUUCUGAUUGUUCUACUGCCAAAGCGUUUCUUAUUAUACGUCAUGUUUACCACGGCAAUCUGCGACAUACUCUGUACACUGUAUAAAGUAACCAUCCGCUUCUUAAGGUUUUGUACUUCUUCUCUAUUUGAUUGAACGCCAAGCGCUCUUGGGAUAAUAAUUUUGUCGUGCGAACAGUUAUAUAAUUGUUAAAUAAAGCGAACGUUUCUUCUCUUAA